AUGGCCUCUACAAGCCAGCAGAUGAAUCUUGGGAUUAUUCUUGCUCUCUUUAUAAUCGUUUCCGUACAUUGCGGCUACGGACAUAAUUACGGACAAGGAAUACCGACAUGGAUAUGUCUCGGACUAAAGUCGCCAUUCAUCGAGUUCCGGUCGGAGUUCGAGGUACUGUCCAAUAACAGUAUAUCGUUGAAUUUGACGGAAAUUCGGCACAAAUUGAAAAGUGUACAAAAUCUAGACCACUUUAUUCGUCCCGUCGAUAAUGGGCGAAAGGAUGAUAGCAAAAGAAAUCUCCUUACCGGACUAUCGUCGUCAUCGGCAGGUGUGGUCAAUACGCUUCCUAGCAACAUGUCGGUUACUUUUCUGACCACAACUCCACCAUCGUUUGUAAAUCAUUUUGAAAUAACGACCGAACACGGCAUUUCAAACGAUAUAGAUAUGGAGAAGAAAAUUUUUAGCGAGCACAUGAUAUCCGAUGAUAGCAGCAAAAAGGAAAAGAAGUACAUUAUACCACUAGCUUUGAAGACAUCGUCGAAUGAAAAGGAAAAGACCUCUUCUGUGUUUCAUGGAUCAUCGACCAAUAUUGACGAUUUGAAACGUCAUAUAUUGAUGCUCCAAAAUUUGACUCAGUCCGACAAGACUUUCCAAAGUAAGUUUGUUGUAUUUCCUGCUCUUCAAAAUAAUGGUUCAGAUGCAGUCACUACGGUAAAACCAGUAACUGCGCCAUCAAUUCGGCCAGCAAUUCAUCAAAUGCCAGUGCUCCAGAUUAAGGAAGAUCAAAGUUCAGCCAGAGUGGUUCCAGAAAAAGUUGUCCGACUACGUCCAACGAUCAACAUGCCUCGACAAAUCUUACCUAACUCUCAAGAUAUACUGACCGAUAAUAAGGACGAUACGUUCAAAAUGGAGAAAAUUACGAUAGUUCCACAGGUUUUCCUACAAAACGACCAAACGCCAGAUUCCAUGGCAGAUGAAGAUAAUAAUGACAAUAAUUACGAUCACAGCAACGAAAGGAGGAAAGAGAUCAAAGGGAAUGACAGAGAGAGCAUCAAAAAUAAAAUACCGUCACCGCCCGUCUAUCACGGCAAGGAAGACAGAAGAGAAGACUCAGGUUAUAAAUUUCCUCUGUCGGCCACAAUAACACCGGCACGAAAGAACGGCCGCAACAGAACAACUUUGGCGGCGGCAGUGGUGUCUAGCGCAGCACAAACAACCAUCGCUGAUGUUGUUGAUAUUGAUAAUGCUACUACACGUGGCUCCGGUAGCGGCAUUGCUGGUACACGGGAAAGAAAUGGCAAAAAAAGAAAUCGGAAAAAUAAAAAGCCGUCCGAGAAACCAAUUAACUCCAAUCCGGUUCAAGACUUUGACGGCGAAACAAAUCGAAGUUCAAGUGCAAACAAGACUAGAGUCGGCAGAAAAGGUGCUAAACGGCUGCAAAAUCUUCAGCAGAAAGCGUUUAUGUUGCAGCAAUUAACAUCCAGCUCAUCGACGAUUGCUGCCCCCACGUCAUCCUCUGUGCCCAAAAGUUCCAACCGAAAGCUUUCGCGUUUCCGUCGUGCAGAAUGGCCUGCCAAUAAAAUCCCGCGUUCCCAUGCGGAACAUACACUGGUUCGAGAUAGUACAAUAAUUCCGAUUUACAGUUCUUUCAAUGGGUCUAGUGUCAGCUCCAUUAGCGGUCUCACUAAUAGUGUUACCUUUAGGAAUAGCUCAAUUUCGACUAUCGAUGGCAGUGGUAAUAAUAGCAAUCAAAUCGAAAAGGAUGUUAUUAAUUUAAAUCCCGAGUUGUGCUACAAAGUUAGCGGGCUUAGUGGAGGACAGCAGAAAUUGUGUGCCCAACAUACAAGCGUUAUGCCUGCAAUCAGUCGGGGCGCUCGGGCUGCCAUACAGGAGUGCAAACACCAGUUCAAGCACCGACGAUGGAACUGCACAACGAUAGAAGACAACACCGUUUUUGGACCCGUUUCAAAUAUAGGAUCACCAGAGAUGGCUUUUGUCCACGCUUUGGCAGCAGCUGCUGCUGCCAGCUUUAUUGCUCGCGCCUGCCGAGACGGACAGUUAGCCUCAUGUGGAUGUUCCCGGAGCUCUCGUCCAUCACAGUUACACGAAGAUUGGACAUGGGGCGGUUGCGGUGACGACAUGGAAUUUGGCUACAAAUUUUCACAAACAUUUAUCGAUAUCAAAGAAAAGGAACGGAAACGCGGCACUAGAGGCUUGGUGUCUAUUCCAGCGAAAUAUCCGAAAAUUGUAGAACGACUGUUAGAAACGCUUAACGACACAAGUGAAAAUAUUCUAAAUGGUACAGACACACUUUUCCGCCCCGAAGAUCUGCAAAAGCUGCAGGACAAAAUUGCCAAAGAAAUUUCAAGCUCAAAUUUAGAUCCAAAGGAAAUGAACGAUUUACAGGAAAAAAUCAACAAAGAAAUAACCAACUCUGAAGUUUUCAAUCUGAAGCAUUUCAAUAUCUACGAUAAGCUUAAAAAAAUGUUCCGCAAGCCAGAAAAAACCCUCAAUGGUGUAAAAUUCAGUGCUUCGGCAAAGGCUCGUGCACUCAUGAAUUUACAUAAUAAUGAAGCUGGACGAAGGGCUAUCAUUAAAAAAUCGCGAAUAAUAUGCAAAUGUCAUGGUGUAUCUGGUUCAUGCAGCCUUAUCACUUGUUGGCAACAAUUAACUUCGAUUCGAGAGAUUGGUGAUUUUUUAAGAGAAAAGUACGAUGAGGCAACGCAAGUUAAAAUCAACAAACGGGGUAGACUUCAGGUCAAAGAUCCCCGAUACAAAAUUCCAACUCCAUUGGAUCUAGUGUAUCUGGACGAAAGCCCUGAUUGGUGCAGAAACAACAGGCAACUGAAGUGGCCAGGUACUCAUGGUCGUGUGUGCAACAAAACUUCCACGGGUUUGGAUGGAUGUGCGAUACUAUGCUGCGGAAGAGGUUAUAAUACGAAAAAAAUUGUAGUUAAAGAACGAUGCAACUGUAAAUUUCAAUGGUGCUGUCAGGUCAAGUGUGAUAUAUGUACGAAACAUAUAGAAGAAUAUACGUGUAAAUAAUUGUCUGUAUUUAGGAAUGUACUGUAAACCUUUAAAUUGCUCUUAGGAACGAAUUUUAGACGUAGGGCUUGUAUUGCAUGAAUGUAUCAGUUUGGAAUGCAAUACAGUUAUUGCGUGAACGAGUUAAUGAAUUAUUUAUUUGUCAGUGAAAUCAUUUUCAGUGUGAAUGCAGCUAUAUGUAUUUUGAACCAUUUUCGUAAAUUGUAAUAUAAGAGCAACCCACCAUUUUCCUUUGCAACGCGUCAAAUUCAAUUUCUAAAUUGAUAAAAUCGAAUGCAGCAAGUUAUUACACAUAAAAAAUAAAGUGUAACAGAAGCAAUUCAAAUACACAGUUAUCCAAAAUAUUACAAUUACUAUUAGGCAUACAUAAUAGUUUUAGUGAAGUUGGACGCAUGCAAAACUUAAAAAGAGUAAAACGACCCGAAUACCAUAUUGACAGAAUUAUAAUGAAAAA